AUGAAGAAAAAACGAAUGAGCUUUGAUAAACACGACAAUACCGCUAAGCAGCAGGCGCAUGAUAAUGAAUGUUUCUUGAGAACAAUACAGAUGCCCAAGCAGGGCAAGUUGUGUUCAAACUGGAUUUCAUUUAUUGCUCGUAUUGAUAAUCCCAAGGGUUUUCAAGAUUCUCGGCUCUGCAUUGAGUAUCCAUCAUUUGGCACCAAGAUCUGUUUGUGUAAAUAG